AUUUUCGGGUUUCGAGCGCUGGUCGGUCGAGUCGCAUGUCUGCAUCUUGAUUAACUGGACUAUUUCUGCAUCCUUAUUUACAAUGAAACUUCCGUCUUUGGAAAGGAAAACUUACGGCGAGAGCAAUUGCUGCGCACCAAACGCUGGCGAUCGGCGACCAAAAGUUCAGAUCGCGAGGCUUAGCAUCAUGUCAAAACUGGGUUUAAUGAGCACUUACAUCAUGCAAGCUCGAGUUUGGGCUUGUCAACCAUCUGUAGACAAUGGACCCAGGACAAAGUCCAUCGGAAACAGCACCCCUGCUCGACCGUGCUCGUGAGAAUGAGGAAGAGGAAGUUCCUGAUUCCGUAGCGGUGGAGAUCACCCCGGAGGAAGAGGGCCCGAAAAAACGCUCGCGAAGAAGCCGUCUAAAACGAAAAAUACGGUCUCUCUUAACGGCUAGAAGCAUGGUAUCGGACUUGCAGGCAAAUAUGCGAGUGCCGGGCGCCCCGCCUGGUAUUGAUGUCAAGGUUCCUAAUCCGACAUUGGAGGCUCUGUUCAAGGAAGACGUGACUGUCAGAGUAGUAGAUUAUUCUGCCAUUAAAAUGGAAAUUCACGAUCUCGAUCCGGCCUCCUUGGCAGAGUUCUUACGCAACCAGCGACCUUCAUGGAGUAAAGUAAGAUGGAUAGACAUACGCGGUGUCAACUAUACGGUCAUCAAGCAGGUCGCCGAGAAAUAUAAGCUGCAUCCAUUGGCUGUAGAGGAUGUAUUCCAUUUCCCGCAAGCAAUCAAAGCCGACUGGUACGACAAUCAUAUCUACGUGAGCAUGAUUCUUACCACCUUGGAGGACAAUGAUAUGGAAUCAGACAACGAGACGAGUAGCUCGUCACGGCCCGCCCAGUCAAUUUAUCGGACUCCCCUCUUCCCAAAUCGACCAAAAGUGGACAGCUGGCCCUCUAUGCAAACUCGUCCCGAGAUUACCAUCGAGCAAACAAACUUUUUUUUGCUGCGAGAAGGAAUCGUGUUGUCCAUCUUUCAGCAUGAAGGACAGAAAGUGACGGCGCCAAUUUACACCCGUCUGGGAGAGGUGGGAACUGUUUUGCGAGACUCGGAGGAUGCGAGCUUUUUGCUCUUUUCAUUGAUGGAUACGGUUACCGAUCAUUUUUUCCCAAUCUUGAAUGCAUAUAAGCAUCUGUUGGACCUUAUGGAAACGCUUGUUUUCAAAGAUCCAAAGGCAGAAGCAACACAAGAGUUGCACGUCAUAGCCAAGGAGCUGGGCGUUCUCCGCCGCACUCUAAUGCCAACCAAGAAUCUUGUUGUUACGCUCCGUGAGAACGGCAAGCACUUUGCCCCAACUGUCGACGUCUCUCCCCCUCCCCAACCCUUCAUUUCCAAGCUAACGAAAACCUAUUUGGGAGACGUUAAAGACCAUGUAAAUACUGUCGUGGAUGGCCUAGAGAGUUACGAAUCGGACGCAAGACACCUGAUUGACUUGAUCUUCAACAUUGUGUCACACUCUACAAACGAGGCUAUGAAAACACUUGCAGUUGUUUCGUUGGUGUUCCUUCCCAUAUCCUUCUUGGCUGGUGUGUUUGGUAUGAACUUCGAUUAUUUUCCAGAACUCCAUUGGAGAUUGGGUGUUUACGGAUUCUGGAUAAUUACGGCGAGCAUGGUAGCCGUCAUGGUGGUCCUGUUCAGAUACAUGGGCUGGAUAGGUCGUAGAUAGCGCUUAGCAUAAUGUAAUAAACUCAGGGGUUCGAAUCCCGCUGCAAACAAAAAUUAAGACUUUUUUGGAUAACGGAGA